GAGAGAGAGCGAGCUAGAGCAAGGAGAGGAGAGAGAGAGAGAGAGCAACGCUUUGAGGAACACACCGAGAGGAAGAAAACUGAUAAAAUAAGGGCUUUCCUCUCCUCCUUGACACGUCUCAUCAUCCUCCUCUCCUCUGGAGGAAUUCACUCGAGAGGAGGAGAGAAAACACCCAAGUUGACGAACUUUGCACAUCUUCAGGAAACGCCAUUUUGAUUCCUCUCCGGAACAACUUUUGCUGCUUCUGCUGGUUUCUUUUUUUCCUCCUCGGCCCAUCACUCCCAUCACCAUGUCGAGGCGAAAGCAGCCCAACCCCAACAAAGUGAAACUGAUGGAGAGUUCAGUGGAGGAGAAAAAAACAGGGGAGAUGCUCAGUUCCGCACUUGGCACCAAGGAGACCAAGCAGAAGGAGGAGACAGAGAAAGCCGUUCCCGCACAGACACGAGAGAAACACACUGAGAGUCCGAGAGAAUCUGAGGAUAGCAUGGCGGAGCGGUCGGACGCACAGAUCAGAGAGGACAGGGGGAUAGAUGGAACAGACGGAGUGGACCUGUCCUCCAUUAACUCAAUGAUGGACACUGUGAUGAAAGCAGCUCAGCUAAACGGGGGAGUGGAGGCGGCCUCCACCACUUCCACCAAGACCACCAUCAAGAGCCCCAGCGCCAGCCGCAAUGCCAGGAAGAACCAGGAAGCCAAAGAUAACAGCUCUUCUCUCAUCUGUCCACUGUGUGACAAGAACUGUCAAACCCAGCACCAGCUUACGAUGCAUAUUCGUCAGCAUAACUCUGAUACUGGAGCGACAGAUCACUCCUGCAGUAUCUGUGGAAAGUGCCUGAGCUCAGCCAGCUCUCUGGACCGUCACAUGCUGGUGCAUAGCGGCGAGAGGCCCUACAAAUGCAGUGUAUGUGCCCAGACCUUCACCACCAACGGCAACAUGCACAGGCACAUGAAGAUCCAUGAUAAAGACACAGCAAUCUCCAUUCCCACCAGCCCUCCAUCACCGAUCAAACGGAGACGCUCUUCUGCCGUGAAGAGGAAACCCAGCCAUGAUGACGAUGGAGAGCGAACCGAAGAGCCCGCCAGCAAAAGGGUUGUGGAAGACAGUGGAGUGGAUGAGCAGGCACCGAGUAAAGGGCAAGAGGAGCUACUGCCAUGCCCCAUUUGCUUCAAGACCUUCAACACCAAAAAUGACCUAGAGGCCCAUAUGGACACCCAUCCUGACACUACACUCAGGUGUGAGCUCUGCUGUAUCUCAUUUCGGACACAUCGAGGUUUUCUUCGGCACAAUGCGGCCAUCCAUAAGCAGCUGCCAACUGACCCCAAUGGACGCCCCUUUAUUCAGAACAACCCCUCCAUACCCCUUGGCUUUAAUGACCUAGCCUUUAUUGACUUUUCCUGCCGCAAGUUCCCUCACAUUGCCCAGGUUUGGUGUGAAACCAACUUACGUCGCUCCACCAGCAAGGUUCACAGCUUUGUGUGUGAGACCUGUGACAAAGCUUUCCCUUUGCACUCAGCUCUAGACCUGCACAAGUCCACACAUGAGACUUCUGAAGGCACUCAAGAGUCUGUUUCUCCCCAGCCCUCUAGUGUUGAGCCUCCUGCGUCAGAAAAAAUAAAUUUUAUGGAUUCUUUGGGUUUGCAGCACAUCUCUCAGGUCAAACCUGUACCAUCAGAAGAGGACAUUUUUCAGGCAGUGUUGGAUAGCAUCCGAGUCAUCCAUGUGGAGCCAUCAUCAGCCCAGCAGGAGGCUGGCUUACUUGGUGGACUUGGCCUGUCACUCGUGGAUCCAUGCUCUCUUCGGGGUCUCUCCCAGCGUGAGGCUCUUAAACUCCUAUCCCUACAGCCCUUCCAGACUGGUUUUCUUGUUCAGCCGGAUGGCGGGAUGGUAGUAAAGCCAGUAAGUGAGACUGGAGUGGAACUAGCUGACAUACAGCAGAUACUCAGAGUGGCCUCUGCUGCCCCAAAGCAGAUCAGCCUCCCACCCUUGUCCAAGGCACCGUGCAGUGCAAUGCAGACAGGCUAUAAGCAGAUGCCCCCACUCAAACCAAAGCCCCUGGUGGCUCCCAGGACCAACAUGGCAGCCUCGACCCCUCCUCCCCUUGUGAGCACCCAGCAGGCGUCACUAGGCUGCAUAAGCCCCAGCUUACCACCCCCUGCUGCCCAUCCCCUGAAAGCUGGCAAGGAAUUGCCACCGUCCUCGUCCUCAUCAUCAUCUACUGGCAACCAGGCAUCAAUGGAAAGAAUGCACAUGGAGGCAGAGUGCAUGGGUGAUGCCCACACUCCUAUGGAUGUGGAUGAACAACAGAUCAAGCAGGAAGAUGACAAGACAGGACAAGAGACCUCUGGAAAGAAGGGAGCAGCUCGCAAAGGCUCUUACCCAUGCCGGCUUUGCGACCAGGUAUUUGCAUAUUCUGGGGUUCUGCAGGCACACAUGCGCUAUCACCUGGGCAUCUUGCCCCACCAGUGCAAUAUCUGUGACUACGUAGCUCCUGACAAAGCCACGCUGAUUCGUCAUCUGCGGACCCACAGUGGAGAGCGGCCUUACGUCUGCCGUGUCUGCCAUUACCCGUUUACCGUUAAGGCCAAUUGUGAGCGUCAUCUUCGCAAGAAGCACAUGAAGAACACUCGUAAGGAGAUAGAGAAAAAUAUAAAGUAUGUUACAUCCACUUCCACACCUGAUGCAUUGGACCAGGCAGGUUCAGGUGACACUACGUGCCGAGUCUGCGGCGAGGACCUAAAGACGUACCGAGCACUACAAAUCCACCUGCGUACUCAUAACGGUUUCCAGCGGAAGCCAUUUGAGUGUAAACGUUGUGGAGCAGCCUUCCUGGCCAAACGGAACUGUAUCCACCACCUGCUUAAACAACACCCAGAGGUCCAAGAGCAGGACAUAGAAGAUCACAUAGCCACUGCUCCAUCUCAGACCAGUCCUAAUCCCUCUCCACACAAUGGAGUAUCACCAAGCGCUCCUGUGCAUCCCAUUAAAGUGGAGGACCUAAGCUUCUACAGUACAGAUCCAGAACAACCACUAGACUUCUCAAAUAAAAGCAGAGGAGGGAGCAGCGCUGGAAGCACGGGUGGCUCUCCUGGGAUCAAGAUGGAGGCUGCCUCUUACGACAGUUCCAUGGAGCCCAUUGAUCUCUCCAUUCCCAAGAAUCCAGAGAAGAAGAUUAAGGGAGAGACUGAUGCCACGUUGCGAAAGGAAGUUAAAAAGGAGCAGCCAUGCCUCAACACUCUUGCCCAGGGCCUCCAGGCAGUUAAGCCCAGUGACGAGAAGUCCCAGCAGUUUGGUUGCUACCAGCUUCCGGUUGCUUUGACCACUGUCAGUGCAGUUAGCGCAACAGGUCGAGCUUCGCGGCUAAAGCCCCUGCUUCCUAAACCCACUGUUGCCGGUGUGAAGGAGCUACCACCAUUGGCCUCCAUCGCCCAGAUCAUCUCUUCCGUCUCUGGUGCUCCUGACCUCCUGAAACGGGAAAGCCCUAACAACUAUCCGCCUAGUUCCGAUUCGUCCUGUAAACAGGAGGUCAUAGACUCCUCAGUAGAGGAGCUUCCCCUAGAGGUCUCCAAGAAGGCAUGCAAGAAAAGGCCAGCCAUCAACACAGGGAAGGAAAAGUCUGUGAUGAAUAUGACAGACACCAGUAUUGACCUAGAGUCCAGCGGUGAGUUUGCCAGUGUAGAGAAGAUGCUGGCAACUUCUAAUGCCAACAAGUUUAGCACAUACUUGCAGACCAACCCAAUUGAGGUAGGAAGGAAAGAAGAACAACCUUGUGUGAGUGAUAGGAAAGAGGCUAAAGAUGAAAAACAGCUGCCAGCUAAGCAGACCCCACAGUCCCAGCAGUCCAAAGGGAAAAAGAAUGCGUACUCAAACUCUGUGCAAAAGAUGACCUGCCCUUUCUGUCCCAGAGUCUUUCCAUGGGCCAGCUCUCUCCAACGCCAUAUGCUGACGCACACAGGUCAGAAGCCAUACCCCUGCCCCAAAUGUGAAGCCCUGUUCUCAACCAAGUCCAACUGUGAGCGCCAUCUUUUGCGCAAACAUGGCGUAACCAACAGAAUCCUCCGACAUAAUGGUGCCAUACCCAAACCCAAGGAGCCAGAGGAGGGCUCACAAGAGAGUGCAGAGAGCAUGUCUGAGACCGAGCUCCCUAGUGGUGAAGCUGUGGAUCUUACAAACUCGAGACCUGAAAAGCUGACCGCAUCUGAUGCUGAGAAACCCUCCCCAGCCAAGCCGACAGAAGCAGCUGUAGUAAAACCCCUUGUCCACCAGGGGGAGUCAGAUACUGAGCCAGGGGAGAGAACAACCAUAGAGAAUGAUGAUGAUGAUUCCCACAGCAAUAAGAGCUUGGACCUGAACUUUGCCUGCAAACUGAUCGACUUCAAGUUCUCUGAAGGGGAACAGCCACAGUCCUCUUCUGCUGUGGAUGCCGAUUCACACGAACGAGCAACACCACUGGACGAGUCCAAGCUGACCUGCAAGAACUGCAACAAGAGCUUCCGUUACGCUGCCACUCUCGCAAGACAUGAAAAAGUUCACCUGCUGGAAAGCAUUGCCGACACACCUAAUGUGAACUCCAAAGCCGCUGAGGCAGCCGAGUCUUGCGAACUGAAGAAAGAAGAAGUAGAACAGGAUGUGGAGAAAGAGGAGCAAAAGGGGACCGCGGAGAGUGAAGGAGCAGGUAGUGCAAUGGACAGUGGCUCUGAGGAGGACAAGGAGGAGAGGAGUGACGAAGAGGGAGGUGCAGCUGAACCAAAGAGUGGUGACGGUGAGCCUGGGCCAUCCGGAAACAAAACUGACAAGAGGAAGAAAAUAUGCAGUGUUUGUAGCAAACGCUUCUGGAGCCUUCAGGACCUGACGAGACACAUGCGCUCUCACACAGGUGAACGGCCAUACAAGUGUCAAACCUGCGAGCGCACGUUCACCCUGAAACACAGCUUGGUCAGGCACCAGCGGAUCCACCAGAAGCCCCGUGGGACAGAUGAAGAGGGCUCAAUGGGUGGGGUCACGGGUAGAGCUGGGGACGAGGAGGGAUUCAGCGGCCCGUCGGCAAGCGAGGGAGAAUGCACCCCUACCAGCACCAACCCUCCUUCUGAGAAUGAAAGUGAAGGCAUGGAAAACAUUAAGGAGGGUCCAUGCUCACAGGAGAAUGAUGUUGAGUCUGCCCCUGCAGCUAAGGAACCAGAAGUACUGAAGAAGGGACGUGAAAGAGAAGAUGCUUCUGUGACAAAGAAGGCAGAACCUGAACCGCCAGCAGAGAACCUCCAACCCAAAGAACCGCCAACAGAAGAGCAACCUACAAAGUCGCCCACCACCAUCACAGCAUUAGAGCAGCCGGAGGGAUUCCUACAAGGCCUGUUGGAGAUACACUCCAAGCCCAACAUUGAGCACAUCAUUUCCACCAGUGAGCCCCCAAUACUGGGGGUAGAGUGAAGACCCUCUUUUCUCCUGUGCCCUCUGGCGGUAAUGCAGCGCACUCCAGAGGCUGUGCCAUACAAUUAAAGUACAUUUGUGAUACAAAAUGUUUUUAAAAAAGAAACAAAGAUGAACUUUUCCAAGUGCCUUUCUACUUUUUGCUAUAUCUUUAUCUACUACCAGAUGAUCUAGU